GCGCGGCGGGCGGGCGGCAGCAGCCUCCCGGCGGCGUGCGGAGAGAGCCCGAGUCCCCGGCCCGUCCCGUCCCUGCCCGACCCGUCCGAUCCCGGCCCCGCCAUGGCGCUGGGAAAGCUGCAGAAGGUGCUGAUCAGCGACAGCCUGGACCCCUGCUGCCGGGAGAUCCUGCAGGCCGGGGGGCUGCGGGUGCAGGAGAAGCCCGGGCUGAGCAAGGAGGAGUUGCUGCGGGAGAUCCGGGACUGUGAUGGGCUCAUCGUCCGUUCGGCCACCAAAGUCACGGCCGAUGUGCUGGAGGCGGCGGGGAGGCUGCAGGUGGUGGGUAGAGCAGGCACCGGCGUGGACAACGUCGAUGUGGAGGCCGCCACCAGGAAGGGUGUCCUGGUCAUGAACACACCCACUGGGAACAGCCUCAGCGCCGCUGAGCUCACCUGUGGGAUGAUCCUGUGCUUGGCCAGGCAGAUCCCCCAGGCAGCUGCCUCCAUGAAAGAGGGCAAGUGGGACCGUAAGAAGUAUAUGGGCAUGGAGCUGAAUGGGAAGACGCUGGCCGUGCUGGGGCUGGGGCGCAUUGGCAGGGAGGUGGCCACCCGCAUGCAGGCUUUUGGCAUGAAGACCAUAGGCUAUGACCCCAUCAUUGCCCCCGAAGUCUCGGCUGGCUUUGGCGUGGAGCAGCUGCCGCUGGAGCAGAUCUGGCCCCGCUGCGACUUCAUCACAGUGCACACACCGCUGCUGCCCUCCACCACGGGGCUCCUGAACGACAGCACCUUCGCCAAGUGCCGCCGCGGCGUGCAGGUGGUGAACUGUGCCCGUGGUGGCAUCGUGGACGAGGGUGCGCUGCUGCGGGCGCUGCAGUCGGGGCAGUGUGGUGGAGCUGCCCUCGAUGUCUUCACGCAGGAGCCCCCAAAGGAUCGUGACCUGGUCAACCACCCCAAUGUCAUCUGCUGCCCGCACCUGGGUGCCAGCACGCGGGAGGCGCAGAGCCGCUGCGGCAAGGAGAUCGCCAUGCAGAUCGUGGACAUGGCCACUGGGAAGGGGCUGGCUGGUGUAGUCAACGGGCAGGCGCUCAGCAAGGCUUUUGCACCCCAGACCAAACCCUGGAUAGUCCUGGCCAGGGCCCUGGGCACAGUGCUGCGCAUGGUGGGCAAGCAAGUGCAGGGCAGUGUGCAGGUCUGCACCCUAGGAUCCCCACUGCAAGAGGCUGGGAGCUACCUGACUCCUGCUGUGGCUGCGGGCAUGCUGACUGGAGGGACAAAGAAGGAUGUGACCUUGGUGAAUGCCCAGCUACUGGCUCAGGAGGCUGGGCUGAAGGUCACGACCACCCAUGGUGACAUGGCCCCCGAGCCUGACAGCAGUGCUGGCUUGCUGCAGGUGGCCCUGCAGGGCACCUCACACCGGGCAGCGGGGACAGUGCAGGGCAGCACCCCAGUGCUGCGGGAGAUCAAUGGAGCCACCUUCAAGCAGCCGGCCCCGUUGACUGGCCCUGUCCUCAUCUACAGAGCCAAAGCCUCUGAGCCCAACACGCUGCCUGUGCUUGCUGGGAUGCUGGGAAAGGUGGGGGUCCAGCUCCAGUCCUACCACAGCUCCAGCACGGUGGCAGGAGAGCAGUGGAGCAUCGUGGGGCUUUCAUCCCCCCUGUCUGACCUCAGUGAGCUGAAGUCUCGUGUCACGGAGGCCUUCCAGCUCAACCUGUAAACCCCGAACACCAGCAAGGACUCUCCCCAUGGCCACAGCUCCUAGACCACCUCCCCAGCUUGGGGAACAUCACACCGAGCUGCCCCUCCACCCCCACGCAGGGCUUGGGGUGGCCCUGUGCUCAAUAAAGGGUCCAGGAGGAGA